UACUUCACCAACCAACUCAACUACACGGACGCUGCUGCCGUCUGUGCUUGUCUCGACUCACAUCUCUACAUGGCGGACAGCAGGGGAAAAUAUGACCUGAUUUCUGUCCUAGUGGGCUUUUCUGAUAACGUCUGGAUGGGUCUUGAUGAUAUGGCAACAGAGGGGACAUAUGUGUGGUCAGGCAGUGGUCAACAACUUGAUAUGGGUGGGACUUUAAGAGACCACAUCUUUGAUCACUCCCAGCCAGACAACCAGAACAAUGAAGAUUGUGUUUAUGAACAAGAAAAUUGGCGUCGUCUCAAUGACGCGUCGUGUUCGUUGACCAUGUCCUACCUUUGCGAGAAGACGUAG